AUGAACCCUGAAGGUGAAAAAUGUCACCAUUUGACCACUGUCAUCAACAAGCAACGUUUAGCCACAGACUUCAUGAAACCCAAUCCCUGUUGCCAGCAGCUGACAUCCACAAAGAUGUUCAGAUUCAUCUGGCUUGCCAAGCCAACUGGCCGGUACCUUCACAAAGAUCACCAGCUUUGGGUGCCUCUGACUCUUGCUGACUUUGAAGCCAUAAAUCGCUGUGAGAGAUCAUUGCCUAAAAACUUUAACUUUGCUGGGGAUGUGCUGGACCAGUGGUCCCAAAAAGAAAAGACAGGAGAGAGACCAGCCAACCCAGCCCUGUGGUGGGUGAAUGGCAAAGGAGCUGAGGUGAAAUGGAGCUUUGGAGAACUGGGCUCCUUGUCCCGAAAAGCUGCCAACGUGCUCACCAAGCCUUGCGGCCUAAAGAGAGGAGACCGAGUGGCCGUGAUUCUGCCCCGUAUCCCAGAGUGGUGGCUUAUAAAUGUGGCUUGUAUGCGAACAGGGCUGGUCUUCAUGCCAGGAACAACCCAGCUGACAGCAAAAGACAUUCUCUAUCGGCUGCGAGCAUCCAAAGCCAAGUGUGUUGUGGUCAGUGAGGAGGUGGUCCCAGCAGUGGAAUCCAUCAUGUCAGAGUGUCCCGACUUAAAGACCAAACUCUUGGUGUCUCCACACAGCCAGGAUGGGUGGCUCAGCUUCCAGGAAUUAUUUCAAUCCGCCUCUGCAGAGCACAGCUGUGUAGAAACAGGAAGUCAAGAACCAAUGGCCAUUUAUUUCACCAGUGGGACCACAGGUGCUCCCAAGAUGGCCCAGCACUCUCAGAGCAGCCUCGGAAUUGGGUACACCCUCUGUGGAAGGUAUUGGCUAGAUCUGAAGUCCUCAGAUAUCAUAUGGAACAUGUCUGACACUGGCUGGAUCAAGGCUGCCAUUGGCAGUGUGUUUUCGUCCUGGCUUCAGGGAGCGUGUGUCUUUGUACAUCGGAUGGCCCAGUUUGACACUGACACCUUCUUAGAUACACUCACCACUUAUCCCAUCACAACCCUGUGCAGCGCUCCCACUGUGUACCGGAUGCUUGUACAAAAGGACCUUAAGAGAUAUAAAUUCAAGAAGCUACGACACUGCUUGACAGGAGGGGAGCCACUCAACCCAGAGGUGCUGGAACAGUGGAAGGCGCAAACUGGACUAGAACUGUAUGAGGGCUACGGACAGACAGAAGUGGGAAUAAUUUGUGCCAAUCAGAAAGGACAAGAAAUUAAACCAGGCUCAAUGGGCAAAGGAGUAAAACCCUAUGAUGUCCAGAUUAUAGAUGAAAAUGGCAACAUCCUACCACCUGGCAAAGAAGGGGAAAUUGCUCUCAGCCUAAAGUCUACACGGCCUUUCUGUUUCUUCUCUGAAUAUGUGGACAAUCCACAGAAAACUGCUGCCACGAUAAGAGGGAAUUUUUAUGUCACUGGAGACAGAGGAGUGAUGGAUAGUGACGGGUAUUUCUGGUUUGUCGGUAGAGCUGAUGAUGUCAUCAUAUCCUCUGGGUACCGUAUUGGGCCAUUUGAAGUGGAGAGUGCACUAAUUGAGCACCCAGCAGUUGUUGAAUCAGCUGUUGUCAGUAGUCCAGAUCCAAUCAGAGGAGAGGUAGUGAAAGCUUUCGUUGUCUUAUCUGCACCCUUUAAAUCAUCCAACCCAGAGAAAUUAACUCUUGAACUUCAGGAUCAUGUGAAAAAAUCAACGGCACCUUACAAAUAUCCAAGAAAGGUGGAAUUUGUUCCAGAACUCCCAAAGACAAUCACCGGGAAAAUCAAACGCAACGUUUUGAGAGACCAUGAAUGGGGUCGAACAAAGCCUGAUAAGAGACUAUGGCAUUAA